AUGUGUGUGGCAUCAGAAGCAGUGAAAAUAGAAAAUUCAGGAAAUAUCACUCCAGAGAAACUGAAAGCUGGGGUGACAGAUGAAGGCAUGAUUUGCAGCAGCCUGAAGGAAUGUGCUAAUGUAUGUCAAGAGGAAAGUUUUAGCGAUGCUAAAAUUAACAAACAUGACUCCCUUCCCCAGAGCAUUUGGACAUGCAUUAUGUUGGACUUCUAAAACGGGAAAAAAUUAAAAAGAAAAAGAAGAAAAGCAAAACGGACAAUGAUUCUAUUGAUAAAGGGUCUCCAAAUAAGAGUUGUAAAAGGAGGCAGUCCUCAGAGUCAGAUAUUGAAAGCGUCAUGUACACAAUUGAGGCAGUCGCAAAGGGAGACUGGAGUGUUGAAACACCUUCAGUUUCACCAUGCAAAAAAGUACGUUCAGCUGCUAGUCCAAAAUAUAACUUAACUGAAUUUAAGCCAACCAAGAAAAAAAGUGAAAUCAAAAGAGAAGAAGAUAAAUGAUAAAGCUUUAGAGACUACCAAAGACUUGAUGAAACCAGAGCCCAUAAAUACAAUACCUGAUGCAGAAUCACCUACUGAAGUACCUGAAGAGAUAAAGGAAGAACCACUAUCUCCUACAGAGGACAUGCCUAUGUUAUACAUACCAGAAAUGCUCAAAACUGAAGACUGUGACAUUAGCAAAAAAGCUGAAGCCUGUGGGUCAAGGAAGUCUGAGAGGGCCUGUAAAGGGGCUCUCUACAAAACACUUGUAUCAGAGGGAAUGCUGACAACUUUACGAGCUAAUGUUGACAGAGGUAAACGAAACCCUGGAAAAGGUGGUUCAUCUGACCAUGAGGGCUGCUGGAAUGAUGACAACUGGUCAUUUAGCCAAAGUGGGAAUAGUGGGACUAAAAAACUGAAGAAAGUAAAACCAAAGGAGGAAGGGCCUGCUGGUUUAGCAAAGCUGGAGGAGGAGUUUGAGAAGAAGUUUAAUAGCCUUCCCCAAUACAGCCCUGUAACAUUCGACCGCAAAAAUGCUUUUCAGAGGAAAAAGAAAAAGACUAAUACUGGACAAACUGAGCAACAGAAAGGUGCUAUACAGUCUCAAAAAAAGUUAUUUCACAAAAUUGUAAGCAAAUACAAGCAUAAAAAGGAGAAGCAAAGCACACUGGAUAAAGCCAUAGAAGACAAUAACAAUAAUGAUAACCCAAGGAGCAGUUCCAAUUCAGUUCCUCACAUUCCAGAACCUACUGCAAAUCAUGAACCUCUGGUUGGAAGUCAGAAGAGAAAAGCAAGAAAAACUAAAAUUACACAUCUUAUUAGGUCUUUGGAUUGUCAGUCUUCUUCCUCUGUUAAAAGUCAAGAUGGAAAGAUUCCCACAAAUAGCUGCAACAUGGAGGGAACUUGCCGGGCAGAACUGACAAUCACUGAAGAAGCUGGCAUUGCACAGAACUGCAGUAUUACCCAGGAUAUGCCGGCUGUAUCUGCUUUCUUUAGUCUAGCUGCUCUGGCUGAGGUAGCGGCCAUGGAAAAUGUUCACAGGAGUCCUAGGUCCACCCAUUCAAGAGAUGGCCAGAAGAAAGAAAUGCCCAAGUCUGCUGUGCUCAUCUCCUGUGCUGACCAAUAA